AUGUCUGACGCAGCAGAAAUGGAAACAGACGUUCCGAGUGGAGCGACAACAACAUCAAAAUCAUCUACCGAUCCACCAAAAAGAUUCGAGGUGAAAAAAUGGAAUGCCGUUACUCUUUGGGCGUGGGACAUUGUUGUUGACAACUGUGCUAUAUGUCGAAAUCAUAUUAUGGAUCUUUGCAUUGAGUGUCAAGCAAACCAAGGAGCAGCUACCACAGAAGAGUGCACUGUUGCUUGGGGCAUUUGUAAUCAUGCUUUUCAUUUCCAUUGCAUAUCACGUUGGUUGAAAACGCGGCAAGUCUGUCCACUAUGCAAUCGUGAAUGGGAAUUUCAAAAAUACGGUCGUUAA